AUGAUGUUUCUUGGAGGUGGCGGUCGCAUGGUGGGCCCGGCAUCAGUCUACUUUGGCCUGGGCCAGUUCUAUGCUGGGGGUGUGGAGAUGUGCGCACCGGUGGAGGACUCGCUUCGCUAUGCUCUGUCCUACAAGCAUCUCUUCAUUUCUCUUGCGACCCAAGUAAGGGCGCGACUGAUCCUUUGUGGGCACAGCUUUGGCGUGGCAUUGGUGCGAAGUGUAGCCCUUCAGCUUGCCUGCUGUGGCCUGGACGUCCGUUGCGUGAUAGCAUUGGAUCCACGAUGCAUAGACGCCACGGCCCUGGAGGUUCUUACAGCUCUCCCAAGGAGCUUGGCCCAGUCCUUGGCAGCCCCCCGCUACCGCCUGGAUGCCAUCGAGCUCGAGUUCGUGGCACCGCUCAGACCAUGUGGAGCCCUGCAGAGCCGCUCCUUCGUGGCAAUGCAGCGAGGACUCGCUGCAUCCUGGGACUUUCAGCUCUCGAGGCGCUGCGCCUGCCAUUUCCCCCACGCAGACCAUUUUGCCCUGCCUGACACACACGCCUGGGACGCAACCAAGCGCAUUCAAAGGCACGCCCGCUGCAGGCGGCGCGUGCGCCGCGCUGCCUCGGCGGAGUUCAUGGCGAUCCGAGGCCGUUUGGCAGCAUGCGAUCGGCUCAACGAGUUAGCCCGUUCUCGGAAAGAUGUACUUGCGAAGCCCCAGCAAAAAUGA